AUGGCAAGCAGCGGCUCGGGGUACACACCAGCGACGCACGAUGUGGAAGGGCAGAACGAUGAACGGCUGGAUGGGCUCUUGGGAAAGGUCAAGAUUUUAAAAGAUAUCACCAAGGGCAUAGGAGAUGAAGUGCGGGAUAGUAAUCUUCAGCUUGGCAACAUGAACGACUCGUUUGCGUCUGCCACCACUAUCCUCUCGGGUACAUUUAAACGCAUGACCAAGAUGGCUACCCGGCAAGGCGGAAAUUGGUGCUGGUUCAUGCUGUUCUUGUUGUUCGUCUUGUUCAUAUUCGUGGUGUUGUGGAUGGUGAGAAGAUAG